AUGCAGAUCUUCUCCCUCGUUCUGGCGGCCUUCGCACUCGUCAUCUCCUCCGUCCUUUCUGCCCCUCUUCCAUCGCCCAACCCCGAAGUCCAAGUCGUCUCCAUGCUGGCGACCGUCCCGCAGUGGACAAUAAAGUCCAUGAAGCGUUCGUGCAACGGAAACUUCACCCGCUGCAUUUGGUUCUUCUCCAUCGACACCCAAGCUGGCGCGCCCGUACAGUGUCGCCUCAACGUCGUCGGCACUACCAAGGUCCCCGCCACACAGACCGCCAUCAACGGAGCCAGGUGCGGCGGCUACGUCGUCAGCACCGGGUGGAGCGGCCAGUUUGGCCCCGGAAACGGAUUUACCACUCUUUCAAUCGUGGAUGUUGGCAACAAGCUGAUUGCAUGGCCGGCCUAUGCCGACGGAGACCUGGUCAACAAGGUGACGGUCAGGCCAGACCGGAGCUUCCCCGUCACAAAGCUGCAGACGUGA